UAGACGCCGCCGCCGGUGCCCACGGGACCCACGACAAGAGCGAGGCUCUGAGCGGGUCAUGGCUAAGGCUGCAGAGCCCGGACCAAAGCCCUGAUCGCCUCGCUGCGCACAGCCUCUGAGGGACAGCCCUGAAGUUCGCAUCCUGACGCUCGAAAGCGCCCAUCUGGACAAGCACAGGGGAGGCUGGACAAAGAGCAGUAACAAGCUAUGGCUGGUGACUCUAGGAAUGCAAUGAACCAGGACAUGGAGAUUGGAGUGACUUCCCAGAACCCCACCAAGAUUCCCAAGCAGGCUCGCGAUUACAUACCCAUUGCCACUGACCGUACUCGCCUGCUGGCCGAAGGCAAGAAGCCCCGCCAGCGCUACAUGGAGAAGAGCGGGAAAUGCAACGUUCACCACGGCAACGUGCAGGAAACUUACCGCUACCUGAGCGACCUCUUCACCACCCUGGUGGACCUCAAGUGGCGCUUCAACCUGCUCGUCUUCACCAUGGUCUACACCAUCACCUGGCUAUUCUUUGGUUUCAUCUGGUGGCUCAUUGCAUACAUCCGGGGCGAUCUGGACCAUGUAGGUGACCAAGAGUGGAUUCCUUGUGUGGAAAACCUCAGUGGCUUUGUGUCUGCUUUCUUGUUCUCCAUUGAAACGGAGACAACCAUCGGCUACGGCUUCAGGGUCAUCACUGAGAAGUGUCCAGAAGGGAUCAUCCUCCUCCUGGUCCAGGCUAUCCUGGGCUCCAUCGUCAAUGCGUUCAUGGUGGGUUGUAUGUUUGUCAAGAUCAGCCAGCCCAAGAAGAGAGCGGAGACGCUCAUGUUCUCCAACAACGCGGUUAUCUCCAUGCGGGAUGAGAAGCUGUGCCUCAUGUUUCGGGUGGGAGACCUCCGCAACUCCCACAUCGUAGAGGCCUCCAUCCGGGCCAAGCUCAUCAAGUCUCGGCAGACCAAAGAAGGGGAGUUCAUCCCUCUGAACCAGACCGACAUCAACGUGGGCUUCGACACUGGCGAUGACCGCCUCUUUCUGGUGUCUCCGCUCAUCAUCUCCCACGAAAUCAAUGAGAAGAGCCCUUUCUGGGAGAUGUCCAGGGCUCAGCUGGAUCAGGAGGAGUUCGAAGUGGUGGUCAUUCUAGAAGGGAUGGUGGAAGCAACAGGUAUGACUUGCCAAGCACGAAGUUCUUACAUGGAUACAGAGGUGCUCUGGGGCCACCGGUUCACACCCGUCCUUACCUUGGAGAAGGGCUUCUAUGAGGUGGACUACAACACCUUCCACGACACCUAUGAGACCAACACACCCAGCUGCUGUGCCAAGGAGCUGGCAGAAAUGAAGCGGGAAGGCCGACUCCUCCAGUACCUUCCCAGCCCCCCACUGCUGGGGGCCUGUACUGAGGCAGAGCAGGAUGCUGAGGCUGAACAGGAUGUAGAGGAUGUGCUACAUGGGUCCCAGGAGACCAGGGGCUCGGUGUGAGGACUCUCCGCUCUCCACAGCUUCCCCUUGCCACCUUCCAGGCACUUGCUACAAAGUAAGGGAGAGCAGAAAGGGCAGGUAGCUGAGUGUGCUGUUUGGGGGCCCAGACACUGUGGACCCCAACUCUGUGGAGGGAAGCAGCAUAUAUACCCACCCUCCCGUCAGGCUCAGGGACCAGGCCUAGGCCCCUGGGGCAGCGAUGCCUUUUCUCAAGCUUGAGUCAACACUAGUUCAAGGCUGGGCCAGGUAGAUUUCCCAUGGUGAGAGUGGCAUUGUGGCAUCUCUCUUCUCUCUGCUUACUGGCCCCAGUCACUUCCCUCUCUGGUACUCAAAGGCCUCCCUAGAGGCUCUCAACGCCCCCCCUCCCCUCAUCCCCGACCUCCUACCACUGAAGCAUGUCCAUAGAUCAGGGAGGAUCUAUUCUUCCAGUGGGAGACUCCAGCUUCUAGCCUGGAGUUCACCCUGAGCUAAGGGCUCCUCUAAGUCAUGGGGAACGUUUAAAUAUUUAAAUCUGAGGCCGAGAGCCAUUUACUAAGAGCUGCAGAGUGCAAGCCCCACCCCGCUCUGUCAUCCAUUGAGUAUGCGUGUUUUCUAUACUGCGGUUUCUACUAUGGCCUACUGGGAAACAGAGUCACUCAACUACUGAGCACCUAGGGCACAGGUACAGGCAGCAUGCCAUUGUCCAGCUCACUCACUCUCAGCGCACGGUGCCCUCUACUUCCCAUCCAAGGGAACCCCGGCAGUUCUUGAUUUUUUUUGUCUGUUUGAUUUUUUUUGUAGGAUUUUUUUUUUUUGGUGCAAGAACCUCCUUCAUUGUAGUUUUCUCUCACAACCCAGAGUGCCUGCAAUGAGAUCCUGAUGGAAAGCUGAGUUGGAAAGGGUCAUGUGUAGCACUGAGAUGGGGGCGAGACAGAGAGGAAAGGAAAAGAGUGGAAAACUGGACAUGAUGGCACACAUCUGUAAUCUCAGCAUUUUUGGAGACUGAGGUGGGAGGAUCAAUCUUUGUAGGCCAACCUGGGCUAUAUAAUAAGAUCAGAUCCUGUCUCACCAAAGAAGAGGAGGAAGAGGAAUCUUCCCCCAAAACUGCCUCAGUGCUCAGCACACCUUGGCUAUCAAGGUGUAUAGUAGGAUGUGAAUCAGAUCCGACAGGUGACUGAAGAGACAGCUGCACUGUCAGGCCAGGCUGGACAGAGUCUCUGGCCGGUGCUGAGCAGCUCCUGAAUCUUACUUCAACAGGAUGGGCUAGGCAAGGGAAGAAAUAUGAGGACCAGGGAAGGGGAGGAGAAAGGCUGCUUCUUCCUACCCUGGGAAGUUGGUGUGAGAAUCCAGGAAGGAAGAAUGUUAAGAAAGGGAGUAGAGAAAAAGCCUUAUAAUCAGUGUAAAGGACAAGGAAUACAGAUUACCAGGCUGAUGAAGCACAUGUUGACAAAAAUCAGGCCUGUGAUUCCCUGGCUUGAUCCUGCAGAGAGAAAUCAGAUAUUCCCAGACAUGGAAUUACACACACACACACACACACACACACACACACACACACACACACACACACACACACAGCAUUCACAACUCUCACAUGGCCUUUGAGAAACAAAGCAUUUGCCUUCUCCCAAACCCCAGCUCCAUUCCCAGGUUCUGGCCCCACACGGGGGCAGAGGGCUCAGGUGGAACAUAAGGGAAACGUUGUUGAGUUCAGGCUGGCCUCCUAGGUUCUGGGCUGGGGGGAUGAAGGGGAAGGGGUCCUGGGUGGGCUCUGACCCCACGCAGGAGUGGGAAGUCUUGUGCUUGACAGUGGAUUGGACGUUGAAAGGUGGACAAUGUGGCAAGUAGAGAUCUCUGCAAGUCCCUCAGGGACAGGACAUUGGGCUGUUGUUCCAGGCAUCCUUUUUGUUAAAGCUGAUCUUGCAGGGAACAAGGAAUGAGCCUCUAUUCCCCUCUCAGGAGAAAGGGAAGCAGGCAUCUGAAUGCACCACAGUAGAUAAAAUACAUGCAAUCAAGAGUCUAAGACAAGGGGGCUCCCUGCUAAGACUGGGUGCCUAGGAUGGAGGAAGCUGCAGCUAGAACCCUUCGGCUGGGGCUAACGUUCAGCCCUGGCUCUAGCGAGAUCCCAGGCUAGAGGGUAGAGAGCAGGGUAGAGAGCUGGUCUUAGAACCAGUUCGUGUCUUUGGUUAUGACACUAGUUGUUAUGGUUGUGAUGGUAGGGGUGGAAAGCUGCAGAGGAGGCUGGACGGAAACCUGGCUUCUGUUUCACAUCUGUCUUCCUGUAUGUUUUGGAGGCAUCGCCCAGUUGGACAGAUGAGCCUUUCUGCCGUUCUCUAGCUGCCUGCUGCCUCCAGGAGCCACAAUCCUUCUCUGCCAACUCUAGAAGUUAUAGAAGUGAUUGAAGAAAGGAGCAGUACAAUCCUCUUCUAAAGCUUUCUGAAAGACCAGAGCUGAUGUGCACUGAAUUCGUAACAUACAAAUCCCAAUGUGCUUAUUCUUCUUUCUACCAGCUGAAGACUGCCCUUCUUAUCCUAAGGAAAUCUCCACCUUCAUGACUAGUUGAUCUAACUAAAGUUUCAAAUGUUCAAAUCAUUUUCUAGAAAGUGGGACUUUUUUUGGUUUUCUUUUAUCUUGCCAGUACUGGGGUUUGAAAUCAGGGCCUGAAUGCUGUCUUUUAGCUUUU